GAGACACCGGGAUACGAUGGGUUCAUCGAGCAAGACGGCUGCACCCUGCUUACACUUGCCUCCAAGGACACACCAUCGCCGCACCCGAGCCAAAAGCUUCCGUUGGCAUCCGCAUAAGAGUAGGCGAAGACACGACCAUUUUCCUUGUGGCCGCUUGUUUCCCUUAGACUGCAUACACACCCAUCGCUACCGCACAACACCACGCACGUCAUGGCCACCGAGCAGACGUCGACCGAGCCAUUGCGGGCGCCGACGCCCCAGAUGACUGAGCCUUCGCGACCUGCCACAGCGCACACGGCAAACAGCGCCCUUCACGUCCCGGGCACAGACGGCGCGGCCGACGCGAACAACAGCACAGCAGCGGUCAACGCCAGUGCGGAUCCCAGCAGACCCGUCACGCCAAACGCCCACAACCCUCUCAACGCCAGAUUCCCCCACACCCAAGUCGCAUACGAUGAUCCCGAUUUCAGACGGCCGCCGCCACUGAAGUACUCGUUGCGCACGCGCAAGAAGGCUAUUUUCUGGUUCUGGACGCUCAUCAUCCUCGACUGCAUCUUCAUGCCCAUUGGACUGUACUUUGGCCUGUGGUACGGUCUUACACGCGACCAGCUCUCUGCAAAUGCCACAUUCAGUAUCAGUACUGCGCUGCUGGGCACUGUCUCGAUUGUCGAGUACUUCAUUCGCUUCUACCGCCUCUGGAAGAAGAACUCCAAGUGCAGAGUUAUUGGUGCCAAACGUGCUUACCUCGACUGGUUCCACUGGAACUUGUCCUUUGCAUGGUUCUUCAUCAUGAUCGAACUGAUUGCAGGGACAUGUCCCCACGACCCACCAAUCCGUGUCCUCGCCAUGCCAGCAGCCACUAUGCUGUUCGCCAUUGGCUUCCAGCUCCUGGCCCUUGACAUCCUCCGAAUCCGUGGUGUUCCGGCGCCCUGCCGUAUCUCAUCGUUGCCAAAGGGUGCCCCCCUGCGUCCUGGCAUCUACGCGUACAUCGAGGACAUUUGCGCUGUCGAUGGAUCCGGAGGCACCGAGUUCAGGCAAAGACUGAACCUGCGCUACCAGGCUAGCAAAGCUUUCCGUGAGAUGCUGCAUCGUCUGACGUUGUUCUGGGCUAUCGGUGCUAUCGUCUGCGCUGCCGUCACCACCGCCAUCAUUUUCACCAUCCAGCGUGAUGCCGCCUACGUCGUUGGCUGGAUCCUACCCUUCCUCUGGGCCGGCAUCUGGGCCGCCAUUACCAUUCCCUGGGUCCAGCGCGACCUCGAGAAGGAGUACAAUGACUGGACCGAAGCCAGGUGGAAGGCCUAAGCUGUUUUUAGGGUUUUUUGUAUCAACACUUUGCACUGUACAGCAUACACCCAUGGCGACGGCGCUGGCGUUUGGCUCUCAAGAUGUGACGGGAUUUGCUACAUGAUACCACGGUUCUUUAGAUUGUCUUCAAUGCAUGUCAUCCUUUCCAAUAUCUCAGUAUUGCGUUUACGCAUCCAUCCCUUCUC